GUUUAUACGAUAUCUACAGAGCUGGAAAAAUGAGCCGACUUGUUCUGAAGAAAACAAUGGCUUGAAAUUUCCCGAGGUUCAGUGAAGCACUAAGAGCAGGUGCAAUCGUAGAAUCACGUCGAUCCUUUCUUCAGCAUGACAAUACAAUCGUAGCUCGUAAGGAUAAACUCCGUUGACGGAGAAAGCUGCCUUGCAUGAAGAAAGCGGUUAACUCAGUGAUAGCAUUCUUGAAAAAGAAAAGAGAAGAUUUUUCGCUAUUACGGGACUCACCGCCUGUCGAUGCUGGUGUAAGCUUUGAUCCAGCUGAAGCCGAAAAGGAAGAUGAGUUUGCAGUUAGCAGGUCAUGCCGACGAUGUGUUAUGGUUUACGAAAACAAAACAUGGAACAAAUGGACGUUGCAACGUUUAUCACAACAGUGCAACAACGCUUUCGAUGAGGACACAGCGGCACUUGUUCCAGCCGUGGAAAACGCUGACCGAUCUUUCGAUCCUUUUCACGGAAAUUCUUUGCGAAGCUAUACUCCUGUAAACCGCAACCGAAUUUUAAUGGCGCAGACCUUGAUUUCUGACCAUGUUAUGCAACGUACAAGCGACAGCGGCAGAAAAAAAUUGGAACCUCAUUGUCCGGUCUUCAUAUGGUUACGAAACUGCGAAAGAUCGAAGGCCUUUCGAAAUAUCUAUCAAGAUGGAGAUACUACUUUGAUAAAAGUGCGAUUAGAUAUGGUAUCAUUUGCUGGUUUUCCACGUCCAAGUUCGGAGAUUUCCAAGGUAACAACUUUGGAAGUUUGGGUUCUAGCCCAGAAAUUUCCCAAGCCGAUAAUUACUCUAGAAAUCGAUGAAGAGUUAAUCAUUGGGUAUAUAGCUGAUCUUUUCGAAGUAGCCUUCUUCAAUAUCCCACUUUCCGUCAAAGAAAGGCAAACUAAGAUUGAAGGAAUUUUCCGUGCAAUUGACGAGAUUCUCGACAUCAGCGCUCAUGUUAUGAUGGCCAGCGGUGAAUCCUCUGAGAAUGCAGCAACCGUAAAGGAAGUCAUCACUGAGACAGCCAUCGUGGUUACGUCAACUGCCGCCGAAAGCACGGCGACUGUUGGCAUAGAAACGGCUGCGAUGGCCCUAGGACAAGCUGCGGCGGGUAUAGCAAUAUCCGUUUUGGUCGACAUCGCUCUAACCGCUGGAAGUGUCACGCGUUCGAAAAUGCAGCGUGAUAAAGGUUUGAUAACAAACUCACAGUUUAAGUCCACUGUAAGACGGAAGUUAUGUGAUUCAGGAUGCCAGUUUAUUGGAGGAACUACUGGAACCAUUGUGGGGCAGGUGCUCAUUCCGGUGCCUGUAGUAGGGGCCAUGGUCGGUGGUUUCUUUGGGAGCUUAAUUGGGGUUGGAGUCAGUAAAGGAAUUAUAAAGACCUCAGAACUCAUUGCUAAGGCUCAUAAUUCCAGAGCUAAAGCUAUCACCGACUAACAGAGCAGUCUUCGAUUAAGUGUCGAAAAGCCAAAACCAAAGCAAUCCCAUCGACCAAUCAGAACACAGAUUUUAAUUAGCAUUAGCCAAUGAAGACUCAAAGUGAAAAAGUUGAAAGGAUGGCGUGAGUUUUCUGGACCAAUCACAGAGAAAUGUUAAGCAAAAACCGAAGCAAUCUUGAAUAUUUUCGACACUCAACGGCAAAUUAGUAGUAUAGAAAUGGAGGUACCUAGGACAAAAAUUUUGUCGCUAUUUUUAUUUAUUGAUUUUUAAUGCUAUCACUUUGGUAGGACAAAAAUUUUGUCUCUAUUUUUAUUUAUUGAUUUUUAACGCUAACCGCCUCCCGGUUAGCUCAAUGGAUAGAGCGCUGGACUAUUG